UGCGCUGCGAGGAUUAUCAGAGCCGGAGUGCCAGGAGAGGAGGACGGGAUAAGCGGGACAGGACUGUUGAGCCACCGGUCUGAAAGUGACCGGUGGUUGCCUUCACCAGGACCUCACAUUCUAUUCUAUUCUAUUCUAUUCUAUUCUAUUCUAUUAUAAAGGACCGACACAAAAGCCGAUAUCAGAGGAAAGAAGAGAGCAGCAGAUCGAAAGAAACCUUCCAACGCAGAGUUACUUUCCUAUCACCCAAUUGCGCACUGGAGACGCAAAAUAAGACUUUGUAUCUACCUGGGACAUAAGCAGUUUUUGUUCUUCCCUGUUUUUUUCUUUUUUUUUCUGUAGCUGAAUUUCUUCCUGUUUUAACUGCAAGGUGUGUAGGAAAGGAAAGGAAGGAAAGAAGAGACCGAUUUUUUUUUUUUUUUUAAAAGGAAGAGUGGGGAGGAAACAGGGCUGGGAGAAGCUUUCCAGUUCCGUUUCUCGGAUGGGAUUUUUCAGUCGCCCUGCAGAUGGAGGGGUGAAACCGGGAGCAGAGGAAGAGUGAAGAGGGGCAUGGAGAGAAAGAGAUAAAGAAAAAAAAAGAAAAGACAAGAGGAUGGAGUCGUCGGGCGCUGGAAGUGGAAGAAUGCAAAACGGACGCACCCCAGCACAAGACAAGACUGAACUCUAAAAUUAAAAAAAAUACGCACGGAAUUUAAAGGCACCCAAAGGAUACCUGACACGGUGACGACGUUUAUGGGGCAUUUUCUUCCCCUGGACCCGUGGAGUUACAACUGUGAUAAUCACUGAUCUAUUAUAAUGGGAUCUGGAGGAAUAACUGGGAUCUGACACUCAAUAAAAGGAGGAUAAAGACAAUUUGGAAAGAGGAAUUUACUCCACUCCAACUCGACUGAGGCGGUUGCCUGGUGACGGGAUCAGCGUCAACACAUUCCUCCUGCCAAAUGUGAACCUUGGACGUACAGAUGAGGAGUACAAACCGGAAGAUUUUUGACUUGGACCCUUAUCUAAGAUGUUCUAUUGCUGCUGUAACAUGUAAAUCCUGAAGCAGAGUGCAUUCUGCUGGCUCGUCUUUGAAGGUGUUGCAUUCAGGUGCGGGUGGUAACCAUGGAGAGGCUGUUGCUAUGUCUGAUGCUGGUGGUUGCCAUGGCAGUGAGGGCACAGAUUUGUCCAAAGCGCUGCGUAUGUCAAAUUCUGUCGCCCAACCUGGCAACCCUCUGUGCUAAGAAGGGCCUAUUGUUUGUACCACCAAACAUCGACAGGCACACAGUGGAACUACGACUGGCUGACAACUUUGUCACGAGUGUAAAGAGAAAAGAUUUUGCAAACAUGACACGGCUGGUGGACCUGACAUUAUCCCGAAACACCAUCUCCUACAUCACACCUCUUGCCUUUGCUGAUUUGGAAAAUCUCAGAGCGUUACACCUGAACAGUAACCGCCUGACGAGGAUCGGCAAUGAUACAUUCAGCGGGAUGUCCAAGCUCCAUCAUCUGAUCCUCAACAACAACCAGCUGGUGCUGAUCCAUCAAGGAGCUUUCAAUGACCUGCUGGCACUAGAAGAACUAGACCUGAGUUACAAUAAUUUGGACUCGAUUCCAUGGGAGGCGAUACAGAAAAUGACAAGCCUCCACACGUUGAGUUUAGACCACAACAUGCUGGACUUCAUUCCUGAGGGAACCUUUUCUCUUCUACAGAAACUCAACCGACUGGAUGUCACAUCUAAUAAGCUUCAAAAGUUACCACCCGACCCACUUUUUCAGCGAGCCCAGGUCCUAGCAACAUCAGGCAUCAUGAGCUCCUCUUCCUUUGCCCUGUCUUUUGGUGGAAACCCUCUUCACUGUAACUGUGAGUUACUCUGGCUGAGGAGGCUGAACCGAGAGGACGACCUAGAGACGUGUGCCACCCCUCAACAUCUCUCGGGCAGAUACUUCUGGUCCAUUCCGGAAGAGGAAUUCCUCUGUGAGCCCCCCCUCAUUACCAGAUACUCUCAUGAGAUGAGGGUUCUUGAGGGGCAAAGAGUUUUGCUCAGGUGUAAGGCGAGGGGCGAUCCAGAACCAGCCAUUCACUGGAUCUCUCCUGAAGGCAAACUGGUGUCGAACUCCUCCAGAACCUUGGUCUACAACAAUGGGACCCUGGACAUACUCAUCACCACUGUGAAAGACACCGGAUCCUUCACUUGCAUCUCCUCCAACCCUGCUGGUGAAGCCCAUCAAACUGUGGACCUGGUCAUCAUAAAACUUCCACACAUCUCCAACAAUACCAACAACAUCCAAGAGCCUGAUCCGGGAUCGUCCGACAUCUCCACCUCAAGCCGGGGCGGCGCUAAUGGCAGCGAUGUGACAGGUGACAUAAAAAGUGGAGUCGAUAAGCGGGUGGUGUCCGCUGAGGCCACAUCGUCAACUGCGCUGAUCAAGUUCAACUUCCAGAGGAAUAUACCGGGAAUCCGGAUGUUCCAGAUACAAUACAACGGGAGCCAGGACGACUCGCUGGUCUACAGAAUGAUCCCACCGUCAAGCAAGAGCUUCCUGGUCAAUAAUCUGGCAGCGGGAACUCAGUACGAUCUCUGCGUUUUGGCCAUUUAUGAUGAUGUCAUCACCUCCCUGACAGCCACGCGAGUGGUUGGCUGUGUGCAAUUCACAACCGAGUCAGAGUACAUGAGAUGUCAUUUUAUGCAGUCUCAGUUCCUCGGUGGGACUAUGAUCAUCAUCAUCGGAGGGAUAAUUGUGGCCUCUGUGCUGGUUUUCAUCAUCAUCCUGAUGAUACGGUACAAGGUGUGUAACCCAGGUGGGGGUGGUAAAGGCGUCUCCAUGUCAAUGAUAAACAUGCACUCACAGACGAAUGGUCAGCAAUCCCAGGGAUCCAACAUGACCCCCAGCUCCUCCAAACAGGGAUCCAUUGGACUGGAGGACCCUCCAGCGCCAACAAAGAAAAGAGCUGGAGCAGCAGCUGCAGGAGGAGCAUGUGGGGGGAAGGACAAAAUAUCCCAGUCAUCUGAGUGCUCCCUGCCUGACUACUUCACUGCAACAUCGGUCCUCAGCCAGAGUUGGGAGUCGAAAAGCCCAACAUCCGGGGUGGAGGACCAGGAGAAAGCGAGCGAACAAAGAUCCAAAACCAGCGUUGUCCUGCCAGCCUCCUCCACUGGUUCCCUGCACAGGCCGAAGCGCAAGCCUGCUCCCAGCAAGCCGGCCUCAGCUUGCUCCAACACCACAAAGAUCCCUGAGAAACUCCCAUCCACCUCCUCUCCUCGCCCCACUCUGUCCUCCCCAUCAUCUAUAACCAAUCCUGCCCCUAUCACCUCAUCUGCUCCCAACCCUAUAGAGAACCCUAACACCAACCGCAACAAUUCCACCUCCCUUACCCAAAUCCCACCUCCCUUCCCAUUCGGCAGUCAUUCUGCCGCUCCAAGCCCUGUUCCCUCUGUGCGAUUCAGAGAGACUCCCAUCCUACGCAGGGCGCCCCGGGCUGCCUCAUCUUCUACUAAGUACCAGACUCUUCCUGUGGAAGAGGGAGGCAGAAGCAGAGCGAGGAGAAGGUAUUCCCUUAGUGAAGGAGGCUCAAAGACUUACUCGCCCCAUCUGGGAGCAACGGGAGCGCCCAAGCUGGGGCGUUUGAUGCGGGACAAAAGAAGUCGAUCAAUGAGCGGCAUUCUCCUCCCCAAAGACGAGGGCGCAGACUCAGACAAAGGGCGGCUCGACUCUGACUGGAUUCUGGAAAGCACAGUUUGAACUGAAGCAAAGCAGCAGCUAAAACAGAAACUUUUCAUUCAUAACUGUUUAAUCUUUGUGUGAGAGUAUGCAGUGUGUUUGGAUUUGUUUAAAGGGGUAUGGGUGAAGGUAAGAACUUGUCAUUCACAUUUGAGACAGCGUGUUGAUACUGUUCCGAAUGUAUUUUUUGUUGAGUUUUCAUUUGGGGUUUUUGGUGUCAAAAUGAAAGCCAUGUUUCUUUGAUUCCCUCACCCCCUUUUGAAGCCUUCUUCAGCUCUUCUUUUCAUAUUGUUUCUUCACAGCCUUUUGUAUUUGGUUUACAGUUCUGUUCGUUCAGUUUUCCUGGUCAUCUUUUUUGGCAACGGGUGGAGUUCUUGCCUUGUCUUGUAUUAUCCUCGACUUGUCUCGUUGGUUCCACUUUAUAGCACAAAAGAAAAAAACAAGACAAUGAGCUUGCCAUGUCAUUUCCCGAUUCACACUCACCUUAUCUGACAGUACUACAAAAAGGGAAUAUUAAAAAGGGAAAGAAGAGAAAGAUCUUUUGAUUGGAGAAAACAAAAAGCACAUCAUUCUCAAUACAUACACACGCACGUUGAGUGUGUGUCCAUAACUUGGCAAGAGAACAGCAGUCAGUGCCUUCUUUUGCACUAACAGAUCCUCACUAAUUGAUAGAGCCUCAUUGUAGGAGAUCACAAUGGCUCCACCACUGGAGGAAUUUGGAUGAAUGGGAUCAGCUAAGGAAGAGCGAGAUUUCACACAUAGCCUUUCUUACCUUCUGCAGAGUACAGAUCUUUUCUUGGUGUAUAAAGGAAAGAUCAAACAACACAUUGAGAAUCUAAUGGACCUCUUAUGAAAUUGAUAUUUUUUAACAGGAAAAAAAAAAGAAGAACAUGAUUUCUUUGUGAGCUUUUCACUGGCAUUGGUAUACUAUGGUCUGUGUUGGCCACACGCUCCCAGAAAGCUUCUGUACAGAAAAAAAAAACUCAAAAACAAAAAAACAACAUGUACUGUGUUGUUAUGAUGUGUAAAAUAAAAAGGGAUAAAA